CCUCCGGCGCCUCCCUCCCUUCGCUGCGGCUCCUCAGGCUCUCGAGCCCGGGGGCGGCCUGUGGCGCGCGGCGCCCGCUCCGGACCGCGCGUCUUCGGACCUUAAGGAGAACAUGCAUUCGUCUUGGACUGUUUGAAAUUCUUAGUUUGGGGUCCCCGCUCGCUCGCUUUUUUCCGCCCCGCGGAUUUUCUGAGGGUUCCCCCCCACCUCUAUCUUUUUUUUUUUUUUCAUUUUCUCCCCUCGAGGCUCCUUUUGUAAACCUCCCCCCCCCUUUAUGUUCGCCCAGCCCUCCACCCGCUUCUGAGUAGUGGGGGAGGAGGGUUCAGGCCUCCAGGUUCCCGCCCCACCGGGGCCCCGGGCGAACAUGGGGGGCAAGCAGAGCACGGCGGCCCGCUCUCGGGGCCCCUUCCCGGGGGUCUCUACCGAUGACAGCGCCGUGCCCCCGCCGGGAGGAGCGCCCCACUUUGGGCACUACCGGACGGGCGGCGGAGCUAUGGGGCUGCGCAGCCGCUCGGUCAGCUCGGUGGCGGGCAUGGGCAUGGACCCCAGCACGGCCGGAGGGGUGCCCUUUGGCCUCUACACCCCCGCCUCCCGCGGGACCGGCGACUCGGAGAGGGCGCCGGGCGGCGGGGGGUCCACGUCGGACUCCACCUAUGCUCACGGCAAUGGUUACCAGGAGACAGGCGGCGGUCACCAUAGAGACGGGAUGCUGUACCUGGGCUCCCGAGCCUCGCUGGCGGAUGCUCUACCUCUGCACAUCGCACCCAGGUGGUUCAGCUCGCACAGUGGUUUCAAGUGCCCCAUUUGCUCCAAGUCUGUGGCUUCCGAUGAGAUGGAAAUGCACUUUAUAAUGUGUCUGAGCAAACCUCGCCUCUCCUACAAUGAUGACGUGCUGACUAAAGAUGCGGGGGAGUGUGUCAUCUGCCUGGAGGAGCUGCUUCAGGGGGACACGAUAGCCAGGCUGCCUUGCCUGUGCAUCUAUCACAAAAGCUGCAUAGACUCCUGGUUUGAAGUGAACAGAUCUUGUCCAGAGCACCCUGCUGACUGACCCUGCUGGGCUGGCUUGCUGACUCCUCUCAAAGGGACGGACAGCCCUGGGCCUGGGAGGAGGCUCCUCGGACACUGGACAGAGCUGAGCUUGGGACACCAGAGGGACAGGGCACCCCUUCUGCACUGACUUCCAGAACAUGGUCCUCCCUCCUCCCUGAGGACACCCAACUGAUUGAGAGCGAGUCUGAGAGAAGAAUGAAUUGACCUCUAUUCUCCCCCUCACCUUCAACCCAGGAGGGAAAGGGCAUUUUCUUUUUCACCUUUGAAAGGCGUUGUGGGUCUGUCUUUAAAGUGUUUACAACAACAAAAAAAUUAUAUAAAAAAAGUCUAGUGUCGACUGGUGUUUUCCCUCGUGAUGUUUACAGAUUGCUGUUUGCUGCCCAGCUGAAACCCACUCAGUGACAGAACCAGGCCUAGCCAUGUCUUCUCCGCUAUACUCUGACGGCGGGCGGGCGGGCACACGGGCACUUCCUUUGCCCAGUGCCCCAGUUGGCUCUCUGUAUCACCAACCUUUCUACUUUGGGGGGGUUCGUUUUUUUGUUUUCCUGUUUUUCUGUCCCAUCUUUCUGGCUUGGUUUUGCACUUUUCUCCCUUAGUACCCUGAUACCUUGAUUUCCUUGCCAAAAACGAAAAAGGAAGACGCAGAAGAGCCCAUCGAGGACACUUCCCCCCCUCCAUUCCCAUGUCUUCCCUGCCUUCCUCCUGGAUCUGGUCCAAUCAGAGGAUUUAACAAUCACAAAUACACUGAAAAAAAUGCCUGGACAGUUUUCUUAGGCCCUUGUGGUUUGGUUGGGUUUUGUUUUUUUCUGAGAAAACUUAGACUAACUAAAGGAACAUGUACUGCUACCCCUGUUUUCAGGCACACUGAGAACAUUUUAGCCAUUGAUGUUCACACGUGGCAUCAGCCCAUGCAGGAUAGGUUUCUGUAUUUAUAUAUUAAAAUACAAAAAAACAAAAAAAACUCACAAAAUGUUUUAAAAUGUUCAAAGCUCGGGAGAAAAGCUUUUCUUCAUCAGUCAAGGUGUUUUGAUAUGGUAUUAAAAUAAUGUCUAAUAAAAGAUGCACCGUGUGAUCUUAUUUUAAUGAAGUGUUGUUACACAGUCAGGAAGUGGAGGGCAAAGGCCAGUUCCCUCUGUCCGCCUCCCCAGCCCAGCGCUCCUUUAGUACCUGUAGUGGCUCGGCCACGCCUGGGCAGAGGCUAGGCAAUGGUGGCUCAGGUGUGUCUUUCAAGUUUAUGAAUUCUUAAGCAUCAUGGAGUAAUUGUCAGUCUGCUGUCAUUGCUGGUUGUGAUGGAAUGUUUCUGGGAAGAUAUUCGGGGGCAAAGAUCUUGCGGUCGUCAGGUGCUGCAAGGAUGUGGGCACCUCCAGGUCCCAGCCCAGCCCGUCUCUCACACAGCCUGUGUCUGCUCCCCGUCCUGCAUUCUGCUUGCCUGAUGCUCCAUCACAGCUCAGUGCUGACUCAUGGGCCUGCUUCACUGAGGCCCAGAAAGAGGCCCUGGUUUGGAGCUGUGCCAACUCACAGUCCCUGAACCAGAACCAGGCACUUGGUCUCAUAAAAGUUGGCAAAUUGCAGGCUGGGCAGGAAACUCAGGGCAGGGGGCGGCAGUGCAUGCCUGCCCCAUCUCCUAGCCAGGCUCCAGGAGUUGCAUUUCAGAGCCUCCUGCCAAGCCAGCUAAGGAAAGCUCUGGAGGGAGAUGGCUACAUAUCUCUGCCAUGACCGUUUCCAGGCCUGCCCCUUGUACUGCUGCCUUGGGGCCCAGUCCCAACAGGCCCUCAAGUUUGGACUGUGCUACCAUACUUGCUCUGAGGUCACCUUUCCUCAGAUGCUUCCUGAAGCAACUACUCUGUGCACGGACAUUUGUUGGAGGCCAGUGGACACGUGUGAGCCGAGGCAGGCAGGCGAGCUGAGAGAACUGAGUGCUUUAGAGCCCGAGUGUUGAGACCUCGGGACCUGAACUGGGAGCGCUGUUAAUACCAGGAACUGGAAUGUCUGUACUGGGGCACUUAUUUCCUGGGAGACGGUGAGGAAACAACUCCAUCCGACCUUGACUCCUUGCAUGUGAAGUGGGGACAGUCAUGCAGCUCUGUCGAGUGAGGGUCAGGGGUCUGCCCCCAAAGGCCUGGCACACGCACAGCAGGCUUCCCUGUCGCUUUGUCACUGCAAAGGGCACUGUUCUAUUCCCAGCACCUCCAGCUUCUGCCUGGCAACUGUGUCUCCCUGUUCUAUAUAUAAUCCUACCAGCAGAGCUGGCGGGCCGGGCCCAGCCCCGAAAGACAUCUCCUUGCCUGACCCCUGGGCCUGGAGACAGGCUUUGUGUGCCCACCUUGGCUGUGUGAGCCCGGCCGCUUUGGCAGCGCUGUGGCUGAGUCCGGCGGUUGAGUUGGUUGGGCCAACGCUGGGCCCCACACCGGGUGCUAUUCUCGGCUCUCCAGGCGGUGCUCAUCUCAUCCCCAGUGACUUCCGCCCCCGCCCGGCACACCAAAGCCCUCUGUCGGCUGUCAUGUCCUCCGAAUUUGGACCCAGAUUGCCGGUGCCUGGUGUGAGGGUGGAAUAGGCUUGUCUGGGCUUCCCAGGUGGCACUUGGGUCUGUCACCUGCCAUCCAGACAGCUCUCUAGAAUCCUAUGUUGCUCCUGCUCUGCCUUUCUGAGAGGGAAGAAGAUCUAGAAGAGCCAAGGGAUGGGUUCUUCCCCUUUGCGCUCAGAGCUCAGAAAGUCUGAGUGCUCCAGGAGCCCCUUUUGAAAACCCCAUCUACUAGCCAUUUAAUAGUAUUGAAGCUCAUAGGAGAAUGUCCUUCUUAGGAGAUAGAUGCUGAAUUACAUAGUGGAGUGAUUUCAGGAAAUGUAUACUCUAACCCCAUGUGGUUCCCCCCAAAAUACACAAAGCAAAUAAGGCAAAAAUGUCCAUUGUUGAAUCCUCAACGACUGAUAUUUCAGUGACUAGUGUACUUGUUCUUUCAACUUUUCUGUAUGUUUCGAAGUUUCUUUAAUAAAAGAAAUUGUGGGGAAA